UUCCCCUUGCAGUGGGGGAAGGAAUCAAACCCCCCAAGAUGGCGGCGGCGUCGGAGGAGCGGAUGGCUGAGGAGGGAGGCGGUGGCCACGGUGACGGCAGUCCUUGCUCGGCUGCUGGCUCUUCCCAGCGACAGCCCCCACCGCCGCAACCUCAGCCCCCGCAGCCGGGGUCCCAGGGGCCCCCGGCGCCGGCGCUGGCUCCGGACCAGCUGCCUCAAAACAACACGCUGGUGGCGCUGCCCAUCGUAGCCAUCGAGAACAUCCUCAGCUUCAUGUCCUACGACGAAAUCAGCCAGCUCCGCCUGGUAUGUAAAAGAAUGGAUUUGGUGUGCCAGAGAAUGUUGAAUCAGGGAUUUCUGAAAGUGGAGAGGUACCAUAAUCUAUGUCAAAAACAAGUUAAAGCACAACUUCCAAGGAGAGAGUCAGAAAGGAGAAACCAUUCAUUAGCUCGUCAUGCAGAUAUCCUUGCUGCUGUUGAAACAAGGCUGUCACUAUUAAAUAUGACCUUCAUGAAGUAUGUGGAUUCCAACCUCUGUUGCUUCAUCCCAGGAAAGGUGAUUGAUGAGAUUUAUCGUGUACUGAGGUACGUCAAUUCUACCAGAGCCCCUCAGCGAGCUCAUGAAGUUCUUCAAGAGUUACGAGAUAUUUCCUCCAUGGCAAUGGAAUACUUUGAUGAAAAGAUUGUUCCAAUUCUAAAGAGGAAAUUACCCGGAUCAGAUGUGUCUGGAAGACUCAUGGGCUCUCCUCCAGUUCCAGGACCAUCUGCCGCCCUAACAACAAUGCAGCUCUUCUCCAAGCAAAACCCUUCAAGACAAGAGGUUACCAAACUUCAGCAACAGGUUAAAACAAAUGGUGCUGGCGUGACUGUUCUCAGGCGUGAAAUUUCUGAGCUUCGCACCAAAGUGCAAGAACAGCAGAAACAACUUCAAGACCAGGACCAGAAACUGCUAGAGCAGACCCAGAUCAUAGGUGAACAGAAUGCACGGUUGGCAGAGCUGGAACGCAAACUCCGAGAAGUAAUGGAAAGUGCAGUAGGAAACUCCUCAGGGUCUGGGCAGAAUGAGGAGUCUCCUCGGAAACGGAAAAAGGCAGCAGAAGCCAUAGACUCUCCUAGGAAAUCUAAACGUCUUCGGAAUAGGAAGUAAAGUGGAGUGUGGUUCUAGCUCCAGAGGAAGACAUGGCUUAGUAGCUUAAGCAGUUAAGGGACACUGUGAGCAACAUGGUGUCCCUUAGGCUUCUAGGCUUUCAAACAUAACUUAAACUUGAACUCUUAUGGUUGGGACAUUUCUUUUCCCGCUUCUCCUGGUUGAACUGAUGCACAGAAUCUUUUUACUUUGCGAUAGAUUUGUACUAAUCAGACCUGUUCUAUCAUGUUUUGAGGAGUUAACUUUUUUCUGUGCAGAUAAUGUUUAAAGUAAGUUUAUUUGUUUCUGCAUAUAUGCACAUUACAUAAAGAUCUUAAACACAGUCUUGACAGACUAGAAGUUAAGUUUAAUACAGAAAAUGUCCUGUUAACUUGAAAGAAAAGACCUACUUUUUAAAUGGACACUAUCUUGUUUAAAAAAAAAAUGUUGACUUUUUGUUAUAAGUGACCUUUGUCUGGAAUGUCUGAAAAGUAAUGAAUGCUUUUUGGUACUGAAGUAAUGGGUAACUAAAACGGACUUCCAUAGUAUUGGCUGUAGAAGGAGCUUCUACAGUACUGACUAUAUAUUUUUAUAAACUACUGGCAAGGGACUUACCCAGUUGUUAUAUACAUGUUUUCAGUUCUCUUUUGGGGCCAUGUCCUACAUUUGCAUGGAUGGAUGCAUGCAUUGCCUAGUCAACUCACUUAUGAAGCUCUUGCACUGGUAUUGAUCUUGAACCUCUAUACUUCUCCACCUUUUAGAGCAGUGUCUUUAGUUUAAGUGCUCACUAUCUUCCACCACAACAGCUUGCCUCUAGAGGGAGAAUUGUUAGUCCAUUUGUCCUCCAGUCUUAUAGGAACAAGAGACUUACAGCCCAGUUGCUUUAUCCUCCGUAUGGUUCAGGAACACUGGCUAAGGCAGAACUCCAAAUUCCAAGGCUUUUUCUAUCCAUAUCAGACCUCCAGAAGCUAGUAUUGUCCAUUGCUCACCACUGUGUGUGCUCAUUGAUCAGAUGUCAUUGAGUAGGGGACCUGAUUGUGGGAUGCAGUUUUGCCACCAAAAGGAAGUUCGUUGAAGAAAAUUGUACCAUGAAAAAGCAUUUUGAUCAUUCUAUUUCUGGGGGAUGACCUGAGGGAAGCUUUUUAAUAUUCAUUUCAAGCUUUCCUUACCGUACAACUUUAAACAAAAGCUUUAAUUUUGUUUGCACUCCUGUUUUGAGCUUGUAACUGGAAAAGCAUGUCUUGCACUGUUCAACCUUCUGAGUGGUCACUUUAACAACCUCCAAAUUGUGUACAGUGGUUAUUUUCCCCAGUUGUAUAUUUUUGAAACAUUCGACUAUCACUGUCCUACUUUUGUUUUAAUGUACUAAAUUAUGUAGUUACUUGACUGUUAAGUUUUUUUAAAAAAACUGUUGCCUUGGGCUUCAGUUAUUUAAAGUAAAUAUAGGUGUAAUAUAGAAAACUGUCCCUUUUCAGGUGGGAGUCUGGCACCUGUAUAAAACCUGAGGUUUUGGUAAGUACCUUAGUUGAAUAAAAGCACAAGGUUAUCACCUUUUUUAUCCGUCCAACAUAACAUGGUUCAACAUCCUUUAGAUUAACCUCACCAAAUGAAACUUUUCUUACCCAUUUUUAGUGUUGUCCUUACAUAAUAUUGUCCUUAGAUUUUGAUCAACUCUAUGUCUAACUUUGAAGCUCCGUUUACAAUGUAGUAUGUUUUCAAUGAAAAACCAUAAAGUAAAUUCAAGUGUUUCCUGGUUUGUUGGGAAGGUAACUUUAAAAUAAACAGUUUCCAAAAAACAUUUGUCAGCCAAGGUCAUCCAUAAAAGUCCCCGUCUGCAAUUCAUUUCUCAGCAGGUCUCGUUUUUAUAAUCAUAGGAUUUAGCCAUAUUAUCAUAACUUUGAAAGAGGCCUACCAGAGUAUUCAUGGCCUUUAAUAGUCUGCUUUUAUGGUAAUAGGAAGGCUUUUUUAAGAAUCAAAGUACAUGUUUACAGGUUUACAAAGUAUGAUCCUUAUGCAUCAAAGGCAUAUAGCCUCAGAUUAUUUCUUUAAUAGUUAAUAAAUUAUGAAAAGUUGCUUGUAUUUCUUUUUAAACUACAUCUAGAUAACCUAAAUGUAUCUAGAGUCUUCCAUUGAGUAACAUGAGCUAAAUGGCUUUCAUAGUAAGUGUUCACACUAUAAGGUAGAUUUUCUGUCCCAGAAUCCAGAUUUCUAUAGCAUACACUUUUAAGCACCUUUCCAUAAGGGUAAUGAGUUGUACUUUCUAAUGCAUGAAGGUUCCAUAACAGUAGGAGAACAAAGCACUACAGUUUACUUGUUCAAGUCUUAAAUCUUUCUUAGACUAUCCAACCAAAACAUGUUAAGAUAAUUACCUUCACCAUUUAUCGGGAUAAAUAUUUGUUAGCUAUCAUACUUGCUUUUAGAUGGCGUAAUGGUAUUGAAGGUUCAACAAAUCAAUUAUUUUGAUCAACUACAACUAACACAUGUUACAGGAAAAUUAUAAAUCAGCCUCGUGAGAGAGACCCAUCCUUCCCUCCGCUUCUCAACAGUAAUUUAGGUGCUGUGUGUUGUUUAUACCUUGUUGUUGGAGUGCAGCAUUUCAUAAUGAAUUCCUGUCAUUUUUCUUGGCUGUUUUUCAGAGGAGACAUCUCUGUUUUGAUGGGUCACACCUACAUAUAGAUUUAUUAUGGUACAACACUACGCACAGGAAUAAAAAUGUGAACAGAGGUGUGUUAAGAAAUAGAGAAGACUGGCUCCACUCCUCACCCCUUACCAGGUCCUCUGCUCACUUCCCAACAUGGAUUGGCUUACUUGGUUGCCAAGCAUUCUGCGGUUAUAGAACCUGUUAUUUUACAAAACUCUUUUUUUUUUUUUUUAUACACAGAGCCUGGAAAUAAUGGGG